AUGGAUGUUGACACCGCAUACAAUGCCGACGACGAUGAUUCGUGGGAUUCGCAGCUUGGUGAAGACAGCACGACAGGACCUGGUGAAUCGGAAGAGAUCACAAAGUUGCGACGGGAGCUUGAGGCUAUGCAGUCGAUCCUCUCAGGUAUUACUCAAGCCAAGUCGUUCGGCAGUGAUGAUGGUAGCAAGUCAGCAAAGCAUGCCGGCAAUCUCAAGAAGAUGAAGACCAAUGACGGUUAUGCUUCAAGCAACUCCAUUGCUGGUGACAGCAAGGCUUCUCGUCGCAGCACUGGGACUCGAGGAACCAAAGCCCGAGAUGACAAACGUAAGAAAGCUGCCUCUGGUGCUGGUGAUGAAGCCAUUAGAAAGAAGGCUGACUAG